AUGUCUGCAGACACACCACGCGUUGUUCCGCUGACUUGCCAUGGACAUUCCCGGCCAGUGACACACUUGAAUUUCUCCUCGAUCGUGGACGACGACCAGUACUAUCUCAUCUCAGCAUGCAAAGUGGCAGAUAACAAUCCGAUGCUGAGAGAUGGCAUGACUGGGGACUGGAUCGGGACUUUCAUUGGCCACAAGGGUGCUGUUUGGACUUCAAGACUCUCUUCCGAUGCUUCAAUCGCAGCAACUGGAUCAGCGGACUUCACCGCGAGAAUCUGGGAUCCUCAGACCGGAGAAUGCUUGAACAUAUUGACCCAUAACCACAUUGUUCGCGCCGUUGCCUUUCCGAUCCAAGUCAACCCACAAUGUGUAGCAACUGGGGCGCAGGAUAAGAAGUUGAAGAUCUUUGACUUGACACGGGGAAGUAGUGCGGCUACUUCUGAUCAGGCCAGCAGUUCAUCACCUAUCACACCAAUAACCGCUUCAGAAGGACAUGAGAUUGGGCCGGGGGAACAUGGGGGCAGCAUCAAAUCGAUCGUCUGGAACGUCGACUACAAUGUUCUGACAACUGCCUGCGACGAUAAGACUCUCCGUUGGUGGGAUCUAAGGACCCAGCGAGUGAUCGCCACUGUCAAAACGGAGCGGGACAUCACUUCGUGCGAGCUGUCUACCAACAAGGCAGAAGACAGCGAUCCGGGCAUCCUGAGCGUGGCAGCAGGACAUUCAUGUUUGUUCUUUGACGCGGGCCGGCCGGGAGAGCUAAUCAAGCAAGUCAAGUUCGAUCAUGAAGUAGCUAGUGUGGCCAUCAAUCCGAGCACUGGACGUUUCGUGACGGGUGGCGGCAAAGAUACUUGGGUUCGAGUGUGGGACUUCGACCAAGAGAAAGAACUGGAAGUCUUGAAAGGCCACCAUGGUCCGAUCUGGUCGGUUUCGUUCUCGCCUGACGGCAAGCUCUAUGCUACCGGAAGUGAAGACGGAACCGUCAAGCUGUGGAAAGCUUGCAAAGAGCCAUAUGGUCUGUGGCGUUGA